GAUCAUUGAAAGGGCCAGUAGAGCCACACCUUAAAUGAAAAUGAAACUGAAUGCAUGGGGUCUAUAUAACGUUAGUCUGCAGUUGAAAUUGUCUCUUUGCCUCACCAUGUAAGGAGAACAGCAGACAAGGGACAACAUGUUUUGCACUAAUUGUCGAUGUCCUCUGGACAGCGGUUUUAACUUCUGCCCUACAUGUGGCAGCAGGAUUCACAAAGAUGUUGCCACAGCAGCACCUCAACCCCCAGCUGCUGAGGGGAAGGUGGAUCAAGCUCAGGCUCCAAAAGAUGUUCAAGAAAAACAAGAAAACACAGAUGAAAUAAAGCUUCAGGGGCUGUCAGCUGGCGAUGACUCACAGCCAGCGAGUGAUGGAGCUACGCCAAAGGACCCAUCAGAUAAGGCUGUCAGCCCAGCCACAGUGGAAACUGCCCCAACCUCACCCCCCCUUAAAGCACAAUUGGAUGGCGAGUUAACUGCUAUUCAGCAAGUAAAAGAGACUUGUAAGGAGGAACAGAGGCUAUCUUUGUCAGCUGCUGGAAGCAACUGUGAACCAUGCAGGCAGGCAAUUCCUGAAUCAAACCUUUCUGUCCCCACAAAACCGCCCUCUCCUGCACCUUAUUCUGACAAAGUGACAGAGCAACAUACAAAGCACCCAGCAGAUAGUAGGGAAGAGGGAAGUGCAGAUGUGCUGCAAGGUCCUGCUGAUAAGCCAGGAGACUUGUCUGAGCAAACACCUCAACAAGCCAAAGCAGCAAAGCAGCCUGUCCAUGAACAAGAAAAAGACAAGACAAUAUCUAAUGAGACACACAAUCUUUCAAGGAAGCCAGGUGAUAAUGAAACUGGUACAGACACUGAACAACAUCAACAAACUGACAGGAAAGAAGACAAAGCAGCUGGAGCUCAAGAUAGUAAAAAGAAGAACAAGAACAAAUCUGCUAAUCGACGUCAAGAAACAGGGGGAUCUGCCAAAAGUACUGAGGUCACAUCUAAUGUUAAGACACAAAAGCUUUCAGGGAAGCCAGUAGACAAUAAAACUGGUACGGGUGCAGAACAACAUACAGCCCAUAAAAAAAGUGACAGGAAAGAAGUCAAGGCAGCAAUAGCUCAAGAUGAUCAGAAUACCAAAAAUAAGAAUGAAUCUGCUGAUCAACGUCAAAAAACGAGGGAAUCUGCCAAAAGCACUGAGGUUGUUGGCACUACAUCGUCUGAGAAACCAAGCACAGACUCGGUAAAAGCACCUAAACAACAACAGGGCAACAGAAAUGAGGAUAUCUCCAAGCCACACACUCCCACUUCCCCAGGCCCUCCCAGCCAUGGGGCAGUGGGUCAUCCAGGGGCAGCAAAUAGGUCCCAGUUACAGAUCAGUGACUGCAUAUCUGUGUACUUCCAUGCUGUCACUUCCAACGAUCCUCCCCUGGAUCCAGAGAAACAUGAGAUUUUCUUGGUUUCAGAAAAGUUGUUUGGGUCAUGGGAGAUACUUGGACAGCAGAUGUCUUUUUCCAGGCAUUUAGGAGACAAGCGAUACCUUGUUGAAGGGCAUGUUCUAGUACACAAAGACGCAAUCAAGACAAGCAUACCUUACAAAUACUGCAUUUUCAAGCGCAGUGAAAAUGGCUGGAAAAGCGCGUUCGAGAUCAUCUUCCUGAAAGAAGAAAAUGUAUAUGUCAACAGGUGCCUGUCAAUCCAACAGGAUCUUCUGACUUAUGACGGGUCCUGGCACCAGUAUGAUGAUAUGAUCCACUCCGAGCUGAAGAAGGGUUGGAUGGGUUUGAAGUUCUGGGCGUCUCUGAGCCAAGUUGUGAUUAAAGGGAGAGAGUUUGCUGGCGAGGAAAUGCUAAAAAUGAUCUUUGGUCUUCUUACAACCUGGAAUGAACAAAAUGUGGAGAACUUCUUUCUCCUGCUACAACAGUUCUAUUUUCAGUAUAGAUGUCCAAUGCUUCAUGAUGGUUCAAUGAGACACUGGGGAAUACAGUAUGGUACAGAUGAGGUGAAUGCCUUGCUCAAAUACUUCCUGGACAACAACAUCCUAAAUACAAUGGGGAAAGAAAAACCCCUCUUACCACCUCUGCAUGCAGGAGUUAUUGGUCUGCUCAUCUACAACAAAUAUCUCAAGGACAGCAAGACAUUUAUCAGCUCUGAUCACCUAUCAAAUCUGUGUGAUCUUCUUUGUCUGCCAAAUGAGCCACAAAACAAUUUUAUCCCUAUCUGGAAAGAGUUUUCAAACUCUGUGAAAAAUAAAAACGGGGUGGCAGAUGUUGUUGAGAUGCUUUGCAACACUGCGAGACAACGCACUAUUAAGAAAUGGGUCUUGCUCAUCCCUCUGAUUCACCUACUGAGAGAAGAAAGCAAACCAUUCGAGCCAGUCCCAUGUGUCUUGAGUCCACAGUUUGACUCAUGGAGCGGCUUGAAAGGAAGCAAAGGGACGCAUAUCCACUUGGGAAGUUACACUAUGAUCAUGAAAGACCAUUCCUACCUGGUGGACAUUGAUCACCUUCUUGUUCACUCUUGGAUGUCUUUGGUGGAUAUGGACGAUUUGUUGAGCUUCAUAUCCAAUGUGCUUCAUAUCCAAGUGGAGCUCUUGGAUAUUCUUCAUUAUUUGCAGUUCAACAUCAGAUCUGAAAUAAAUUAUUCAGUCCUCAAGAGUUUGGAAAAGGUUGCAUCUCAUCUUGUCCAAAGUGAGACUCAUCGCAGCAAAAGUUUUGAUGACAGAUAUGGAGAGUGUUGUCUGAAAACUGCUGUAAGGGUUCUUGCUUCAGUCUGCAGUCACACAAAAGAUCCAAACCUCUGUGAACUACCUCUUCAGUUCCUUGAUCUGGUCUGUCUGAUUGCCAAGACAUAUGGCCACACUGAUUCCAAGGCAAGAGAAAGGUGUCAUGAAGACUCAGUGAAGGAGAUGUUAGAGAUAAUGAGGAAAUGGAGGAGAAAUACCUUCACAAACAAACUGCUCAGUGCAUGGAACAAGAAGUCUUAUGACCCCAAUGAAAUUAAGGUAUGGACGAAAUUACUCUCCGUAUCCUUCAGUCACGAGGAACACCUUUUGUCCUACUGGAGAAACACAUUCAUGAAGGAUUUUGAAGGAAGAUUAAAAAAGGAAAAAACAGAGGACCAAAUCGGAUUAUACUGUAACACGAUGGAAGAACUGAGCAAGACCAGUCCACUGUUGUGCAGCACAAUGGAGAACUGUGCAAUGGAGGUUAUUGCACGCAUUUGCCAGGAUAAAUCUGGCACAGCUGUGUCAGGCCUGUUGAGGAAACAUGAUAUCACAAAGUUCGGGAAGCUGAUGUCAGUUGUUGUGCUGAAGUCAUGGCCCACAGAUUCCAAAGGAGAUUACAUUCAAGGGGAAGACUUGAUAUUUCAGAACCUUGUAAACUGGCCCAUGGCUAAAAUGAUCUUCCAAAUGGCAGGUGCAGGAGAAGAACUGGCCGACAAAUUGUCAGAAGAAGCUCAAAUCAGGGUUGCCUUGGCAACCUCAGCAUUCAAAUCUGUGUCAAUGAAGUUCCUCAGUGGAGAGAUCCAAGUCAAAACUUUGGAACAGAUUCUCACGAAGGAACGUGAAUUUGUUGGUUUGCUGAAGCUGGAUAUCCUCUGUGAUGAUGGUCGUUGUAAAGAUGACAGGAACAUGGAAAAAUUACUGGUUCAAAGAAGAAAGGAAUUGAAAGAUAUUCAAACAGAGAAAGAGCGAGUGAGAGGUCUUCUACAGGUCUGCCAGGAGCUUCCAGAACAUAUCAAAGUUGACUUUAAGGAUCUGGACACAAAACUUAACCAGAACAUUGAAACAAUGAAUCUGAAUGCAUUAAUGGAGGUCCACACUCUUGAUGAACAGACUUCUUCAACAACCGGGAAGAUCACUUAUUUUAAUCUUUGUGAUAUAACCCGUCAAAUGGCUUCAGAACUGCAUGCCAUAAAAGACAGCUUAAUUUUUAAAAUGUGCUGGACAAAUCGAGUGGAAGAGCUGUCAAGAGAACAAGAUGAUGAAGAUGACACCGAACCCACAGAUGGAAAUGAAGAGGUCUACACUCUUGAGCUGGUCCACAGCAAAAUAUUCCAGAGCUGCUACAGCAAGUACAAAGAGCUUUAUGAUAGCCUGAAGAGCGGAGAACUGUUGCUGGAGGAAAUAGACAGCAUUUUCAACAUCUAUAAAGGAAAAUACAAAGAUCUGGAGAAAGAUUUAAACACCAUGUGCAGAGUAAACCGAUCUGAUGACAGGAAGUGGGUCAAAAAGAGAAUUGAACAGAUUGAACAGUACCAGGACCUUCAUCUAGCAAUGGAAACCUCCAAAAUCAUCAUGGAAAUCAAGAACAUGGUGUGUUCAGGGGGAGACUUCAGUGCACUGGGGAAGUUGCUGCAAAUGGACGAAGCCAACUUCAGGACAUACAAUCUGAGUUACAUAGAUGAUGACUUCAUACGUGCGAAAGACAGUCUGAAAGACAUUACUGAUGAUCGCAAGAAAUGUCUUCAGGAACUCAGCCAGAGAGAAGAGUUUGUCCUGUGGGUUAAAAAAGAACUUGAAGAUAUCAGUGAGCUGAAAGUGUUUGUUGACUUGGCAUCCAUCUCUGCUGGAGAAAAUGACCUGGACGUGGAUCGAGUGGCCUGUUUCCAUGAUGCUGUACUUGGUUACUCAUCCAUAUUGUAUGGGCUGCAACAAGACUCUGGGUUUGAAGACUUCAAGGAUUCAUUGUCAAAAUUGUGGAAGGCCCUUGAUAAUGACAGAAAUAUACCAGAGAAGCUGCGGGAUACAGCACGUCAUCUUGAGUGGUUAAAGACUGUUAGGGAAAGCCAUGGAUCUGUUGAACUGUCAUCACUGUCCUUGGCCACAUCCAUUAAUGAGAGGGGAAUAUACACCAUCAAGGCCCAAAACCAAAAACGGCUUGAUUUAGAUACUUCAGUGACACUGCAAAUUCGUGAUGAACACGAGGAAACCAUGACAAGUACCUAUGAUGACUUGAAGGAAUUGCAAAAUAAACUUAUGCUCAUGUCUGGAAGAGGGCAACAAAAUCAGAGCGAAGUGGAGCAUUUCACUGAGGUGUUUGAUAACGUCCAGAGACUUGCCAGAGCCUGUGUAGACCUUCAUGCUGCAGGAAACCCACUGUUCAGAUGUUGGGAGGCAAAGGUGUAUUGCAAACCUCAGAGUGAUCCAUGUAUCAUCAUGGAUAUCAACUUUUGCAAUACCCUUCACUGCAUCAAAGUAACAGGGAGUGUAGUUGAACAACUUACAUUACUGUCCAAGAAGAUGGAGUUGUUUCUCAUUGACUGGCAAAGCUUCAUGGAUGAACAGAGAUCUGUUCACUACUAUCUAAACUACUUCACAGCAGAACAAAUAUUCUACCUGUGCAGUGUUGUGACUCCAACGAAUGUGAAUGAAGAAGUAGAGGACAAAGCAUUGAUGAUGCUGUCUUUCAUCAAACCUAACUGCACAACAACAGAUGUCUGGAGUGCACUGAGAAGGCUUCAGAACGAAUAUAAGUCUGGAAAAAUGGAUAAUGAAGACAGUGAGACAUCUUUUGCCAACGUCAGUCGUUUUAUGUCAUUUUAUGACUCAGCAGACGAGGCGGGCCAGACAGUCCGUUUGAAAGAACUGGAAGAGUUGUGGGAUGGGUACAUGAAGAAUGGGGGAGUAUUUUUCCAUGACCUCUUGGAUAUAAGGAGUUUAGGGGGUCUAUUAAAGAUGUUGACGGCUACAGAAAACCAGAAUCAAAAUGAAUGGGAAGAAGUAGUACUCUCAGAGACAAAAGACAAAUCCCUUAGAAGAAGUCUUCCUAAAGGCCUUUCCUCAAAACAGCCCAAUCUCAUAAUCUGCCCACACAACGAGAUCCUGACUUCAAGUAUCUGCUUGUACAUGACCAGUGACUACGAGCCACUACCUAGUUAUGAUGAGGUUCUCUUAUGUACCCCUACAACGUCUUUGGAGCAAGUAGAGCUUUUCUUGAGGAGAUGCCUCACACCAGGCGACAUUGGCCAGAAGAUUUACACAAUGCUUUGGGCAGACCAACUAACCUAUGACGUUAGCUGUGCAAUGGAGAAGUGUUUUCGGAAACUGCAUUCCCUAUAUAAAAAUGAUUAUAGACUAGUCAUCUUUUGCAGCUCUGAAAAAGAGCACACUUACAUUCCUACAGCAUUCAGCCAGUACAAAAAAGACAUUGUACCACAAGAGUCAUUGGAAAGUAUCCAGAAGUACUUGUCCAGGCAUUACUCUCUCAACUCAGAUCACAAGAAUGCUGUGUACAAAGGUGGCCAUUAUGUUGGCAUUGUCGCAUCCCGGCGUGCAGGAGUAGGCAAAUCAUUGUAUGUCCAGAGAUUGUAUGAAAAGCUGGAGAAAAGUGUUGAACAAGAUACUGCCUUUAAGAAGUGCAUUCCACUGACUGAACAUGAGAUUGAUGACCACAAGGUUCUCCAGUCAUUGUAUGAUACACCAAAGCAACAAGAUCUCAAGGUUUUUCACUUUGACGUCACAUCCUCGGUGCGGAAAGGCUUGAAUGAAUUUCUGUACAAGCUUUUCUUUUUGCGGUACCUAAUGGAUUCAGAUGGGCAGAUGUGGCACUGCAGCCACAAACACUUGUAUGUCAUUGAGCUACUGGAAUCGACAAAUGAUCAGCCCAGAUAUGCUCCAAGAUCUGGGCAGAAGGAAAACUUUGCAUUCUGGGAUGUUUUUCCCAAAGUGUUUUGUCGUCCACCAAAAGAAGUUAUGGCUUUGGAAGUGGAGAGAGAGAGAGAUGCCAGCAUGGAGAGUGAUGAUCCCCUAAUGGACGAUAAAUGUUUCAGGAGUGAAGCUUAUCAAAGACCAUACCAGUACCUCACACGCUUUCACAACAAUGAAACUCUUCAAAGUUUCACUUACGAUGGGGUUGAAGGAACGCAUGCAAAGUGUCUUCAGAUACUCUUGAUCUACUGUGGCAUAAUAGAUCCCUCAUGGGCUGAGCUACAUAACUUUGUCUGGUUCCUGAAUCUUCAGUUAAAAGACUGUGAGAGUUCAGUCUUUUGCCAAUUUGAACUUGUUGGAGACAUUCUUAAUGGGUUCAAAAACUUUGUGGUUGAGUUUAUGAUCUUGAUGUCCAAAGACUUUGCAACCCCGUCACUGUGCAUCACUGACCAGAGCCCAGGGAGGCAACAAAUUGACAUCAGUGGGCUCAAUGAAAAAGACUUGGCUCCAUUCCUAAUUAGAAAAAGAUGGGAAUCUGAACCACAUCCAUACAUCUUUUUUAAUGAUGACCACACCUCGAUGACUUUCAUUGGAUUUCACCUGAAGCUAAAUGACCAGAAAGGUGUUGAUGCAAUAAAUCCCUUGACAGGAGAAGUGAUAAAGAGAAACAUCAUGACCCAAGAACUGUACCAAGGCUUGAAACUUCAGAAAGUUCCUUUCAAUAUUGACUUUGAUCAUCUUCCUCGAGCUGACAAGAUUGAGCACCUGUGCAGUGUGCUUGGCAUCACGUGGCCAACAGAUCCUGAUGAAACAUAUGAACUGACCACUGACAAUAUGCUCAAAAUGAUGGCAAUUCAUAUGCGGUUUAGAUGUGGCAUUCCUGUCAUCAUAAUGGGGGAGACCGGAUGUGGAAAGACCAGGCUCAUAAAGUUUAUGAGUGAACUGAGAAGGUGUGGAGCACAGGCAGAAAACAUGAAACUGGUUAAAGUCCAUGGAGGAACUACAUCAGAAAUGAUUUAUGAAAAAGUGAAGGAAGCAGAAACUCUUGCAAAGGGCAACAAAGAAGAUUACAGUUUUGACUCUGUUCUUUUCUUUGAUGAGGCAAACACCACAGAAGCCAUUAGUAGCAUCAAGGAAAUCAUUUGUGAUAAGUCAGUGCAGGGACAACAGCUUGAUUCCAAAUCAGGGCUACAGAUUAUUGCUGCCUGCAAUCCUUACAGGAAACAUACGGACAAGAUGAUUGACAGGCUAGAGGCAUCCGGAUUAGGCUACAGGGUCAGGGCUCAGGAAACCGAAGACAGACUUGGCUCCAUUCCUCUUCGCCAACUUGUGUAUCGUGUUCAUGUGUUGCCACCAAGCAUGAUUCCUCUAAUUUGGGAUUUUGGGCAGCUCAGUGACUCUUCAGAGCAAAUGUACAUUAAACAGAUUGUGCAAAGACAGGCAAAGGCCAUCUCAAUCGAGGGGCAUUGUAUUCAAACUAUAACUCAAGUGUUGUCAGCCUCACAAACGUUCAUGAGGGAGAGGAAAGAUGAAUGCAGCUUUGUCAGUUUGAGGGAUGUAGAACGUUGCAUGCAAGUAUUUGUGUGGUUUUACAAAAAUCACCCCAUGUUUGAGAAAGAUCUCAAGGCCUUCCUUCAGCAGCAGUCUAAGAAAAAAGGAAGGUUGCCAUAUUUACCUGCUAGUGACAGAGCAAUCUGGUCACUCUUAAUGGCCACUGGUGUGUGCUAUCAGGCCUGUUUGGAGAACAAAGGGAGAUAUCAGGAAACUAUCAAGCAGUUUCUUCCAAGGGAGUACAAACCACAGAGAAUACUGCAGGAAAUUGAGCUCAUGCAAGACCUCUUACUCAACAGUGUACCCAUGGGUAAGACAAUAGCCAGAAAUGAGGCUUUGAAAGAGAACUUUUUCAUGAUGGUGGUCUGCAUUGAGCUAAGAAUUCCCUUGUUUAUUGUGGGGAAACCAGGGAGCUCCAAAUCACUGUCUAAAACCCUAGUUGCAGAUGCAAUGCAGGGCCCUACAUCACACUCUGAGCUCUACAAGAGACUGAAGCAGAUACAUCUGGUAUCCUUCCAGUGCAGUCCUCAUUCAACUCCGGAUGGAAUCAUCAACACAUUCAGGCAAUGUGCCCGCUUUCAAGAAAGCAAAAACUUGGAUGAAUACAUUUCCGUAGUUGUCCUUGAUGAAAUUGGAUUGGCUGAGGAUUCUCCAAAAAUGCCACUGAAAGUACUGCAUCCAUUACUGGAAGAGGGCUGUGUUGAUGACGAGCCACAACCUCAUAAAAGGGUUGGGUUCAUUGGCAUUUCCAACUGGGCGCUGGACCCUGCCAAGAUGAAUCGAGGGAUUUUUGUAUCCCGUGGAGAUCUAAAUGAGCAAGAGCUCAUCAAAAGUGCUAAAGGAAUCUGCUCAUCUGAAGAAAACGUUCGUGAAAAGAUCAAACACCUCUUUGAGCCUUUUGCGAAAGGAUACAUGACAGUAUGCAAAGAAGGAAAAGGUUUUUUUGGUCUGCGGGAUUUCUACAGUCUGAUCAAAAUGGUAUUUUCAGUUACCAAAAGAUCAAAUGAGCGUCCUACGGCUGAUGAGAUCACUGGUGCAGUCCUGAGAAACUUCAGCGGAAAAGAUGAUGUAGAUGUGAUUGACAUAUUCACCAGAGCACUCACAGAUGACUUUGCCAAUGCCAGCAUCACCACCCUUGAUAUGGUUGAGCAAAGCGUUGCUCCAGCUUCCCAAGUGGAGGAAAGUCGGUACCUUCUAAUCCUUACAAAGAACUAUGCAGCUCUUCCAAUUUUGCAACAGAUAUUCUUGUCUCAUCAAAUCCAUCCAGAGAUCAUCUUUGGGUCUAGUUUCCCAAAGGAUCAAGAAUACACACAGAUUUGUAGGAACAUCAAUCGCGUCAAGGUUUGCAUGGAGACCGGACAGACAGUUGUGCUUCUGAACCUUCAGAAUCUCUACGAAAGUCUGUAUGAUGCCCUAAACCAAUACUAUGUGACGCUCGGGGGUCAAAAAUAUGUUGACCUUGGAUUAGGAACACAUCGUGUGAAAUGCAGAGUUCACCAAAGCUUCAGGCUCAUUGUCAUUGAAGAGAAAGAAGUUGUCUAUGAGCAGUUUCCAAUCCCACUCAUUAACAGGUUGGAGAAACACUACCUUGACAUCAACACUGUCCUCAGAAAUGACCAGAAGGACAUUGCCAGACAGCUUCAAGAAUGGGUUGAGGAUUUUGUGUCAUUUAGUAGUCAACUCCCCCCAAGAAAGCAGUAUGUUCCAAGGGAUGUCUUCAUCGGCUACCACUCAGACACAUGUUCCUCUGUGGUCCUGCAAGUAACGGAAACUCUGGGUGUUGAAACAGAUGCUCAGGAUACUCUGAACAAAGCCAAAGCCAUUCUGCUGAACUGUGCCACUCCUGAUUCGGUUGUUCGUUUAGACAAAUCCAGACUGCCUGAUGAGGAAAGAGAACGUUUGAUAAAAGACUACGUUAAAGAGGACAUGCACAGUUCAUUGGGAGACUACAUUGUGUAUCCCACACAGCAUCUGGAACAAUCACAUGCCUUUUUCACUGAGGUUACAACAUUUUCCAGGCUGUUGACUUCAGCCGACACUCAUCAACUGCAGAGUGUGAUUAAGAUUGAUGCAAUCAAGCUGCUGUCUCUGCAGCAGUUUGACACAGAGUACUCUUUCCUCAAGAAAAUCAGGGAAUUUCUUGGCUCAACAUGCGCACACAAAGUGCUCAUUAUCCAAACAGAGUAUGAUGAAGACUUCCACAGAGGGAAUAUUCUUUCCUCAGCAAAAUAUUCUUGCAUCAACGAAAUCAACAAGUGUGAUGCUACUGAUGGCACAAAGAUAUUUGUGUACUUUGUCACCAAACUUCCUCGAAUGGAGGGUGGGACCUCCUAUGUUGGAUUUCAAGGCGGCCCUUGGAGGUCUGUCCACAUCGAUGAUCUCAGAAGGUCGAAAGAGUUUGUUUCUGGUGUUAAUUCCUUGAAAGAUGAGCGAAUGAGUAAACUUUUUGAAGAUCCACCUGAGGCCAUGGAGAUAGAAGACAACUCUGGUGUGCCACAAAAUGACAACUCCUCUGUUUUGGGAGAAGUCUUCGACACCACAGACCUGGUGAGGAGUUGUGUGCAGAGUGCAGUGAGCAUGCUCAGAGAUUCAUCAGACAAUGGAGAACUCAGCACUAAGAGAGUUGAGAAUCUGCUCACACUUCUGGAUGGAAAUCAGCAACAAGGUGUGUUUGGAGACAUUUUGAGGAAGCGUCUCCACUCCUUGUUAGAGGAUUAUGAGGCCAGUGCUGCCAGUCCAGACAGUUGGGUUCUAAGUGAGGCUUCUAAUUUCAGUGCUCUUCAAGAGGGAGGAACUUUCCUACACACACUCUGGAGGAAAAUCCAAACGGUCAUUACUCCACUCCUCGCCUACUUGGUCUCAGUCAUUGACCGAGAUUGCAAUUUGGACCUUCUGCUCAAUAGUGGAGAUGACAUCAUGAACCUGUGGCUUGAGAUAUUCGGUAGCAAAAAGAUGCUCGAUGUACCCUAUGUGAGGAUGGAAAGCAACUCUGGGGUACUAAUGAUUCAAAGCCAUAUGAUAGGUGGCACCAGCAUGCACUGCCGCAUGCCCUUCAGCUGGUGGAUUAAAGACUUCCUGGAUGGGCUUAUGAUGCAAACAUUCAGACAUAAAAGUCCUUCACUCAGUCACUUUGAUGAGUUGUUCUUGAACACUCCACUUGGCAGCUACAUGGCUAAAAAUGUGAAUGAAAGAAUUCGGAAAGAUUUUUUCGAAAGGUAUCUACGGGAUUUCGUUUUCAUGACCUUCAUGGCAUCAGAUGAAGAAUCAGAGCUCCUGUUCCAUGCCCUGGCCAGCUGUGUUGAAGAGGUACAGAAAGAAAGAGGAAGAGAAGAAGAAGGGUUUUCUCUCCCACACAUCCACGUCGCCUACCAUGUCUUCCAGAGCCGUCUUCAGAAUCUCUCACGGAUGAUUUCCCUUCAACCUCAAGUCGUGCCUCCUUUGCGCAGAAAUCAGCAGAGUAGACAUUGUCCAGAGAUGAUUUUGGAUGUCCUUGCAGCCAAGGCAUGUGUCGAAUGCCUGGAAUCCCCAAAUUUAGAGACCGAUACCCUCUGCCAGGACUGGCUGAGGCAAGUGAAGAGACUGCAAGCGUCUUUGGAGUUGAUUUGCUCCCAUCAAUUCACCCAACAAUAUGGGGAGAGAAGCAAAGAGCGAGUCACUGACGUCAGUAACGGCUGGAUGCGCAUCUACUUCCUAUCAUUGUUUGUGGAACACAUGCUGCUGGGUUUCCAGAAUGAAGACAUGCAGCUCAGGACGCUCGUCCUAAAACACUCUAAAACCUUAAACAGGGUACUGGAGGGAAACUCAGUAAAAUCUACAAAGGUUUUUGAAGCUGUAGUUGAUGUACUGAAGUCCUGCAAACAAGGGGCAGUAGAUCUGAUUUUCAGGCAUGGACUUCAGUGUGCAGUGUGCACGAGAGAGUCUCAGGAUCCCGUGGGGCUGCCAUGUGGUCAUAUCUACUGCUCAAAAUGCAUCAAGUUGAGUAUUGAUGCAGGACACUUAUUCUGUCCCUACUGCAAGCAAGUCUUGCCCGAUAACUUCCAACCGCAAGUUUCCGACGAAUUAAGAGUUUGUAUCAAGAAAAAUGCAGACUUCAGGCGGCGUAACAAUGGUUUCUUCAUCGAUCUCCUCUCUACCGUGUGGUUCAAGGACAACACGCUGCCAAUCCAGGGAGUCAUCACCAAACUGUUGUCCUUCCUGAUGAUUGAAACAGAUCUGUCAGCACUCGAUGAGUCUCCAGAUAAAAACCCAGUUGUGCGAUCUGUGAUACUGAAACUGCUCCUGAAGUUCAGGUUUGAUGAAGUCAAGGAAUUUUUGCAGCAGCAUUUGUCAUCAGUUGAAAACAGCCCAAUUGUGGAUGAAGCGGAUAAAGCAGAGCUUUAUGCAUUAUACAUCAACUGCUUGGAGGACUCACUGUGGGAGAAAACACCUCAGGAGGGAAACGGGACUCAAGAGUUGCAGUUCUUCAAUGAAGGAACAGCAUUCCUUCAGGGCUUUUUGGCUGAAACCACUUCUGCUCCUGGGACGGUCACUAUUCAGCUUCUACAGCACAUUGCCCAAUUGCGUCUGACGCUCACCAUGGCUGCCCAGCUCAUCAGUGGAAAACUGUCUGGCAACAGUGUUCCAGACGGAGCAGUAGAGUUUCUGAACAUGGUGAUCAAGCUCUGUAAGGAUGGUGGGAAUGACUGGUACCGUGUUUACCUGAUUCGUAAGCUCAGCGAAUGGCAGGGUGUAGCUCUCAUCCAGACACUGGUGAAACAACCAGACUUCAACUGGCUUUUCCCUGAAGAGAUCCAUCAGCAGAAUGAGGACAGAGGCCAGGUGGACCACUAUCUCGUGUAUGGUGAGGAGUACAAAGAAGUGAGGGGUGCAGUUGCCAAGGCAGUAGCGGAUGGUGUCCAUCAUGUAGAGAAAAUAGAGGAAGUCUGUGAGGGAUGCACUGCAUCACCAAGGACUCGGACAGUGUUUGUCCUCCUGGCUCUUUUCCGAGACGUUACAACACUGUACAGAUCUGAAAAAAAGGAGCUUCAUCCUAAGUCUGAGUUAUGUGCUGCAUUUGAAGAUCUCAUCCAGGGCUCAAACUAUCUCCAUCAAAAGGAAAUAAGGAAGUUUGCUUCAGCCUUGGUGAAAAAUGAUUUGGGGGCCCCAGUUCCUGCUCAUGGUACUAUAGAGAGCACUGUCAUUGAGCUGAUCAUCCACCUGAAAGCUGUGCUGCUCAGUGGGAAUCACUGUCUACUGAGGCCACUCAAGCACCUGGCUCUGACCCCUGAAAAGAUGCAGGGGGCUUUUAUACCCACAAUGCCUGAUGACAUCUUAGCUGUUACCCAGGCAGUCCUACAACAAGACCAUGGUCAGCUCACUUGGUAUGUGUGUCCAAAUAAUCAUCCAUUCCUUGUUGAUGAGUGUGGUCUGCCAACGGAGAGAGGUCAGUGUCCAGAGUGUGGGGAGGACGUUGGAGGUGAACACCACGUAGCCUUCCCUGGAUCCAGACAGGUUAAGCUAAAGGAUCACACAAGGCCCGGUCACAUCCUGGGAGACCCUGAACGCAGAGACAACUCAGAAGCCCUGGACACCAAAAACAUGUCUCUAACUCCCUUCACACUGGUCAGACUGAUUACACAUUUGACCAUGCUCCUGGGAGCCUCUGAGAAUCCCCAGCUUGUCCAGCAAAUCAUCCAACCACGAGUGGAGGACGUCCGUGCGUUUCUCACUCAACACAUAACAAAGGACUUGGAUCAGCUGAAACGGGCACUGGGAAAAGGAAAUGAUGACACUGUUACAGUUGUCCACUUGGUGCUCAAGUCCCUGCAAGAGCUACGUCCCGACAGCCACUCUGGUAUUGACCCUCUACUGAAAACUAAGGCAUCCAGAAACACCUGGGAGACGGCUGUGGCUACAGAUAUUAUUACACCUAAGUUGAAGGAUCUUGAUCGACUCCUGCAAGAAGCAAAGCGCAACAUCAGAACUGACCCCCGAGUGUCUUCCAACCUAAUCAUGAGGACAACCUUCGGUGAUGACUGCACCUUCCUUGCGUCGCUGCAGCAGGGCUCUCAGGUCCACAGCUCAGCAGUGUGGAGCUGCAGGGAGAGGCUCUCGCUGCUCAGCCUCACGCACAUUGUGGAGCAUAAAGAUCAGAAAGAAGAGCUGCCCCUGCUCUGGAGGUUCCUGCAGAAGGAGAGAGAAUUUCGCCAGAUAAAGUUCCUUCCAGAAAUCCUAAGAUUGCAGAAAAAUUUAGUGAGAAAAUAUCAGAAUGCAUCCGAGCAAAUAGCCGGCUCCAUCGCACAGUUCAUUGAAAAGCAAACAGAACGGAGGGCCUGGUACGAAAAACACAUCGACACCUUCCUGAGAACAUGGAAUCUGCUUAGAUUGUCCGUUACCAGCAAUGAGCUGAAAAUCCCAGAGGAAUUUUGUAGUGAGGAUUUGAACCUGAACAGCGACUUUCAGUACCUCCUUCCCCGACGCCAGGGUCCAGGCCUGUGUGCCACCGGGCUGGUCAGCUACCUGGUGGCGCUGCACAACGAGCUGGUGAACGCUGUGGACAGACACACUGGAGAGGACAGCAGCGGCUACAGGGUGAGCGUGGUGGAGCUGAUGGAGCAGCAUGUGAUCCAGUAUGACGUGGAGAAGGACCUGCUCCCUCUGGUUUUAUCCAACUGCCAGUACAGCUUGGAGCGUGGCCAUGAGACAAUAUCACAGUACGACCUGCCCAGGAUCCAGCAGCAGCUCCUCACCCGCAUCCUGCAGGGAAAGCCUCUCAUCACACGAACAGGCAUUCCCACUCUGGUCAACACACAAGAGAGAGACUAUGAAUCCAUUUUCAAAACUGUCAAAGGAAAGGUGCCUCAGGCCGUUCUGACUUCUCUGACCCGAAACGCUGUGUCCAGAGAGCUGGACUCCUACAGCCAAGUGUGUGAGGCGCUUAAGAUCCUGGAGCUGCUCCUGGGUUUCCUCUCAAUGACUGGUGGCGACCCCCUCAUGCCGCUGGUCUCUUACCUCGAGGACGUACUGAAGAUGGCCCAAAACAUUGAUCCUCAAAUACUGCAGGCUCUGAGGAGAUGCUCUCUCAAACACUGCGUUUCUCUCUGGCAGCUCCUCUCCUCCCUCAAAUCUGAAAACAUGCUGCGUCUCAAGAUGGAUCCCUUCUCUGAAUAUCCGGCUGAGUACCAGAAGCCACUGACGGAGGACGACAAGGCCGACCUGAAAGGCUUCAUGUCCAAGAGGAACGUGGACCAGUGGCAGCUGGAGGUGCACGAGUUCCUCUUGCUGAGUUUGGGCCGCCCGCGGGCCACAGACCUGUACAAGCCAAACUUCAGUCUUAAAACGGCGGUGGCUAACCACAUGGACCGUAAACACGCUGAGGUCCCCCGGUACGUGGAGGAGAGCUUCCCUGAAAACCUCAAGCUGUCCCAGAUUGUCGAGAUGUGGAAAUACGCCGUCAUAGCCAAACAGGAGUGGUUGAUGGAGGGAUGAACAGGACACGUUUGAAAGGAUUUUUUGUUAAUUUCUGCUUUUGUUGAUUUAUAAAUUUCAGGACCUGCUCAGAAAAUGUUAGACAAGCAUACAUCAUAUGUUGUAGGCCAUUUUAAUAUGAGAUUAUUAGUUCUUUUGAAAAAAAAUUUCCUACAAUUAUUUUACUAUUGAACUCCAGCGUCCGAUGUUAGAAUUUCUACCAGCUGGUGUUUAGUGCUCUGAUUUAUUUGUUGCUGCUGUGUAUUAAAUGUAUCCUCAUUAUCAUGAAGGUUAAACGUUCCUUAUAGCUACAUGAGACGAUGUCAGUCUUAUUUUUGUACGUUGAGCCUGGACAUGUGUAAGUUUCCCAUGCUGCUGGACGACACAGUUGAGUUUUUCAGACAAUCAGGGAUCAUACGUUUAUUUUAUUGUUUCUAUUUUCUUUAUUUUUUUCAAAUGUGAAGAAUUAAAAAGAUGUGAGUGACGCACAGGAAGUCAGAUAAAAACUAGAGCGCGUUUAAUUCCUGUUUAUCAGUUUUUUAGUUGAAAGUUUUACUCAAAUGCUGACUCAAAUGCAUAUAUCAGAGCUUUUUUAUGUCUGUAGAUUAUGCUGAUGUUUCUAUUAAGUUGAUGAAUCUGCAUGGUAACAAGUGAGGGGAAAUUGCAAACUAGAUGCUUUGCAUCUUUUUGUUUUUCAUUAUAUUUUCUAUUUUUCAGUCUUUUUCAAUUUUAUAAUAUAAUUAUUUUCACUGCAUUUCCGUUGUUUUCAUUUACAUUUUUACCAUUUACAAUGUCGAAUGUUUAUUUGUGUCGACCUGUUAUACUUUUUUUUUUUUUUUAGCACAAUCAUGUUUAGAUAUUAAACAAUGCAGAUCAUGAAGUGUUUAAAGCCAUAAAUCUGCCUUAUGCACCGGUCGACUGCUGAAAAUCAAGAAAUCCUUGAUGCUGCAAGCAGUGAAUGUUUAUUCUGUUUGAGUUUAAAAUGUUAAUCAUUAAAUAUGGAAAUGCGUCAUGUGUUGUUUGAUCAGUUUAUAUACGGGUGAGGACUGUUGUAAUAAAUAAAAUGUAAAAUCUUACUCUCAUUCAACAAAUGAAUAAAAAACUGUGUCCUACUUUUUUUUCCAAUUUUGUGAGAAAACUGCAAAUGAAUCAAAAUUUACUUUAGUGUCUAUAAGUAUUUGGAACAAGUAAAGGUAAUAUUGGCUGCUCUUUGAUCCUUCAUGUGACCAAAAAAAUAAAUAAAUUCAGUUGAAGUUCAAGCUACUUCUAUUUAUACAUAUAUGCAGCAUGUAGUUAAAAGUUUACUCAGUCAUCCCAGUUCCUUUUCUAUUAAACUAUAAACUCCAACAGUAGAUGGUCGUCUACAACAUUAAUCACGACACAGUGUCUAAAGUGUCAUUUGAUUCCAACAUUAAAUUAGUUUGAGGCUGAACCUCAACACACGACUUCUUCUCAAUAAAUACGACUCCUUUAACAAAAACUGUUUUAUUCUCAUGUUCUCCUGUAAAUAAAUUACAAUAUCGUCUCAUGUUACAAAAAUAAAAAUGAAACCCAACGGUGGAAUUACCCAUUUCAGACUUAAGAAUAUGAGAAUUUUUUUUUUUUCCUCUCUCCCUAUAAACCUAAUUAACAUCAUCACGUGUCAGAAAUGCUUUAACAAAAGUGUUGAUUAUCUGGGGCUGAACCCUCGGCUCCUGACUGCCGCUCUGCUGUGAUCAGUGCUGGAGAAGGACAAAACUAAACCGCAAACAGAACAUCACAAACAGAGAAAUGAAGAGCAAGUUAAAAAAAAAAAAAGAAAA